CUCUUUCGCUUUCUUCUAUUCUUUCAAGUUAUAUAUUAUUUCUCUCGUCCCACUCUAUUUUCCAACUGAAGACCCUUUUGAGCAAAAUCCGAAAUGGCCGAUCAGUUGCCGAUUACGUUUCAGGAGCACGUCAAGCUCCCCGAGUUGGGAAUUGACGUCAGCAACAUCAGCUUCAACACGCUGACGCUUCAGUCGGACAAAUUCAUUUGCAUCCGCGAAAAGACAGCACAGCGCGAGCAGGUAUGCAUUGUGGACAUGGACGACACCUCGAAGACGUUCCGCCGACCGAUUACAGCGGACUCUGCGAUUAUGAACCCGGAAAACAAGAUCAUUGCGCUCAAGGCCGGACGCAAUCUGCAGGUGUUCAACCUGGAGAUGAAGGCCAAAGUCAAGUCGUGUCUGAUGACUGAGGACGUGCAGUUUUGGCGCUGGAUUACCCCGUUCGACAUUGCGCUGGUUACUGAGACCUCCGUGCUGCACUGGUCAAUCGAGGGCACGUCGUCGCCCGAGAAGCAGUUUGACCGGCACGGCAACCUAGCCGGCACGCAAAUCAUUGCCUACACUACCAAUGCCAAGAUGAACUGGAUGGCACUGAUUGGCAUCUCGGCGCCGCAGGGCCGUGUUGUUGGCAGUAUGCAGCUGUUCAACAAGGACCGGGGCGCGUCGCAGCCGAUCGAGGCGCACGCUGCCGAGUUCUCAGAGAUCUGGCUGGAGGGAGCCUCGCAGCCAACGCAGGUGUUUGCCUUUGCUGCCCGCAGUGCCGCUGGUGCCAAGCUGCACAUUGUCGAGAUUGACCACGUCGAGGGCAACCCGCCAUUCCAGAAGCGCGCCGUCGACAUCUUCUUCCCGCCCGAGGCAGUCAACGACUUCCCGGUCUCGAUGCAAGCUGGACCCAAGUACGAGCUGGUGUACCUGGUAACCAAGUUUGGUUUUAUCCACCUGUACGACCUGGAGACCGGAGCGUGCGUGUUCACCAACCGCAUCUCCGGUGAUACUGUCUUUGUCACGACCAAGCACGAUAACGGCAUCAUUGGCGUCAACCGCAAGGGCCAGGUCUUGUCCGUCAAUGUCAAUGAGGACACCAUCAUUCCGUACAUCCUGGCCAACUCGGGGAACGUUGAGCUUGCGUUCCGUAUGGCGUCGCGCGCCAACCUCCCAGGCGCCGACCAGCUGUACGUGCAGCGGUUCCAGCAGCUGAUGCAGCAGGGCCAGUACAACGAGGCGGCAAAAAUGGCCGCUAGUUCGCCGCGUGGAAUGCUGCGCACCGAGAACACGAUCGACCAGCUCAAAAACCUGCAGAGUGCGCCGGGCCAGCUGCAGCCGAUCCUGCAGUACUUUGCCACAAUCCUCGAGAAGGGCGAGUUGAACCGGUACGAGUCCAUUGAGCUUGCGCGCCCUGUGCUGGCAUCGAACCGCAAGGCGUUGCUGGAAAAAUGGCUCAAGGAGGACAAGCUCGAGUGCAGCGAGGAGCUGGGUGACAUUGUCAUGCAGCACGACUCGACAUUGGCGCUGUCGAUAUAUCUGCGUGCCAACGUGCCUAACAAGGUCGUCAUCUGCUUCGCGCAGUCGGGCCAGUUCGACAAGAUCGUGCUCUACUGCAAGAAGGUCAACUACACGCCUGACUGGGUCCCUCUGCUGCAGCAGAUCACGCGCAUUGACGGCGACAAGGCGUGCGACUUUGCGCUGUCGCUGGUCAAGGAGAACCCGCCUCUAGUCACUGCAGACCAGGUGGUCAGCGUGUUCACCAGCCAGAACCUGGUCCAGCAGACCACGCGGUUCCUGCUCGAUGCCCUGAAGGAGGACAGGGAGGAGGAGGCCCACCUGCAGACCAAGCUGCUUGAGAUGAACCUGCUGCGUGCACCGCAGGUCGCCGACGCCAUCCUCGGCAACAACAUGUUCUCGCACUUUGACCGCCCGUAUGUUGCACAGCUGGCUGAGAAGGCUGGUCUGUACCAGCGUGCUCUUGAGCUCUAUGACAACCUGGACGACAUCAAGCGCGUAGCUGUGCACACUGAGGUGCUGAAUGGCGAGUGGCUCAUUAGCUACUUUGGCAACCUGUCGGUCGACGACUCGCUGGCGGUGCUGCGCCAGAUGCUCGAUCACAACAUGGCGCAGAAUCUGCAGAUUGUUGUGCAGGUUGCGACAAAGUACAGCGAGCUGCUCGGCGCACAGAAGCUGAUUGACAUGUUCGAAAACUACCGCUGCAACGAGGGCCUGUACUACUACUUGGGCUCGGUCGUCAAUGUCACCACGGAUCCAGCCGUCGUGUUCAAAUACAUCCAGGCUGCUGCACAGACCGGUCAGAUCAAGGAGGUCGAGCGUGUGGUGCGCGACAAUGACCACUAUGAUGCCGAGAAGGUCAAGAACUAUUUGAAGGAGGCGUCGCUGCCCGACCAGCUGCCGCUCAUCAUUGUGUGCGACCGCUUCGAGUACGUGCAUGAUCUGGUUCUGUACCUGUAUUCCAACGGCAUGAACAAGUACAUCGAAGUCUAUGUCCAGCAGGUCAACCCGUCGCGUCUGCCCCAGGUCGUUGGUGCCCUGCUUGAUGUCGACUGCGAUGAGUCGGUGGUCAAGUCGCUUAUCUCGUCGACCUCUGGCAUGUUCUCGAUCAGCGACCUUGUCGAUGAGGUCGAGAAGCGCAAUCGCCUCAAGGUCCUGCACCGCUGGCUCGAGGCCAAGGCUGCCGAGGGCUCGCAGGACCCGGGGGUCUACAACGCUCUGGCCAAGAUCUACAUUGACAGCAACUACGAGCCCGAGAAGUUCCUGUCGAGCAACAAGCUGUACGACCCGCGUGUCAUUGGUGCCUACAGCGAGAAGCGCGACCCGAGCCUAGCAUACCUGGCCUAUUCUCAGGGCCAGUGCGACGACGAGCUGCUGCGCCUGACCAGCGAGAACAGCAUGUUCAAGCAGCAGUCGCGCUAUCUGAUCAAGCGCCGCGACCUGGGUCUGUGGAGCAAGGCGCUGUCGGGCGACGACCAGCACGUGCUGAACCAGAGCCACCGCCGCCAGCUCAUCGACCAGAUCGUGUCGUAUAGCCUGCCGGAGGCCGAUGAUCCCGAGGAGGUGUCGGUGUGCGUCAAGGCAUUCAUGGCUGCUGGUCUGCCGCAGGAGCUGAUCGAGCUGCUGGAGCGCAUCAUCCUGGAGGACACGCCAUUCAGCAACAACAACAACCUGCAGAACCUGCUUAUUCUGACUGCAGUCAAAGUCGACCCGUCGCGUGUGGCCGACUACAUUGAGCGCCUGGGCAACUACGACGCUCCGGACAUUGCUGAGAUUUGCAUCAACAACGGCCUGCACGAGGAGGCGUUCAACAUCUACAAGCGCUUCGAGGUCAACACCGAUGCCAUUGGUGUGCUCAUCGACCACGUUGGCUCGCUUGAUCGCGCCUACGAGUAUGCCGAGCGCUGCGACCAGCCCGAGGUGUGGAGCCGCCUUGGUAAGGCCCAGCUCGAGGGCCUGCGUAUCAAGGAAUCAAUUGAUUCGUACGUGCGUGCCGACGAUGCUACCAACUACGCCGAGGUCAUCGAUGUUUCGUCCCAUGCGGGCAAGUUCGACGACCUGGUGCGCUUCCUGCUGAUGGCGCGCAAGAAGGUGCGUGAGCCCGCUGUUGAGUCCGAGCUGCUCUUUGCCUACGCAAAGACCGAGCGUCUGUCUGACCUUGAGGACAUGCUGCGCGGGCCCAACAUCGCGCAGGUGCAAAAGGUCGGCGACCGCUGCUACGACGAGGGUCUGUUUGAGGCCGCGCGCCUGCUGUUCCAGAACGUGUCCAACUGGGCCCGCCUUGCCUCGACUCUGGUGCGCCUCGGCGACUACCAGGCUGCUGUCGACUGUGGUCGCAAGGCCAACUCAACCCAGGUGUGGAAGGAUGUCAACUCGGCCUGUAUUGCUGAGAAAGAGUUCCGCCUGGCGCAGAUCUGCGGCCUGCAUCUGAUUGUGCACGCCGAGGAGCUGGAGCCGCUGGUGCGCCAGUACGAGCAGGGCGGCUACAUCGAUGAGCUCUGCUCGCUGAUUGAGAACGGCCUCGGCCUGGAGCGCGCGCACAUGGGCAUGUUCACUGAGCUGGCGAUCCUGUACUGCAAGUACAAGCCCGAGCAGAUCAUGGACCACCUGAAGCUGUACUGGUCGCGGAUCAAUAUCCCGAAGGUGAUUCGUGCCUGCGAGGCCGCGCACCUGUGGCCUGAGCUUGUGUUCCUGUACGUGCACUACGACGAGUUCGACAAUGCUGCGACGACCAUCAUCCAGCACUCGGCCGAUGCCUGGGAGCACGCCAGCUUCAAGGACAUCAUCGUCAAGGUGUCGAACGUUGAGCUGUACUACAAGGCGCUUCGGUUCUAUCUGGCCGAGCAGCCGCUGCUGCUGAACGAUCUGCUGAACGUGAUGAUGCCGCGCAUCGACCACACGCGCGUGGUCAGCAUGUUCCUAAAGUCCGACAACAUCCCUCUGAUCAAGAAGUACCUUGUCGCAGCCCAGUCGACCAACAACAAGUCGGUCAACGAGGCCUACAACGACCUGCUGAUCGAGGAGGAGGACUUUGUCGGCCUGCGCAACUCAAUCGACAACCACGACAACUUUGACGGCAUCGGCCUUGCGCAGCGCCUGGAGAAGCACGAUCUGCUCGAGUUCCGGCGCAUCGCCGCGCAUCUGUACAACCAGGCCAAGCGCUGGCGCCAGUCGCUGAACCUGUCCAAGAAGGACAAGCUGUACAAGGAUGCAAUGACCACGGCGCGCCAGUCGGGCAGCACCGAGAUCGCCGAGGACCUGCUGCGCUACUUUGUCGAGUCGGGCAACCCGUCGUGCUUCUCGGCAUGCCUGUACACAUGCUACGACCUUGUGCGCUCGGACGUCGUCAUGGAGCUCGCCUGGCGCCAUGGCCUGUCCAACGAGGCCAUGCCGUACUUUAUCAACCUGGUGCGCGAGUACCAGGUCAAGGUCGAUACCCUGACAACCGAGGUCAGCGAGCUCAAGCUCAAGGUCGAGAAGAGCGGCAGUGGCGGUGCUGGCGGCAGCAGCGACGGCGCCAACCAGCUGCUGGGCCCGGCUGGCCUUGGUGGGCGGCUCAUGAUCGGCAAUGGACCGACGGCGGGUGGUGCCCCGAACGUGUUCGGCGGAGCUACGCCUGGCAACAACGCGUCGCAGUUUGGUGGCUCGCAGUUUGGCGGGUUCUAA